AUGCUUGUACCGUUUCGAGGAAGGUGUGGAUUUCGCAUGUAUAUUCCGAACAAACCUGCCAAAUAUGGAAUUAAAGUGCAGGUUUUGUCUGACGCUAAAACGCAUUAUCUCGUAGAUGCAAAGAUUUAUGCCGGUUCCGAAAUAAAAGUUGAUGGUACAAAAAAGCCUACAUUAUCAAAUCCAACAAGAGUGGUUCUUAGGCUUGUGGAGGCACUUGUUAAAGGCACUAAAAGGAACAUCACCGGGGACAACUGGUACAGUUCAGUGGAAUUCGUCGACGAACUCAAGAAAAACAGUUUGGCGUACAUGGGAACCUUACGAAAAAAUAAAAAAUCUGUACCACCGUAA